AGAGGUGGACCGGAUGGUGCAGCGCUUCUCCCACAAGACGGCUUCCAACUACAGCGUGUUCCUGGUGGACCCGGCCUCCCGAGCGCUCUAUGUGGGAGCCAAGGACGCCAUCUUUGCCCUGCCCUUGGACGGCAUCAGCCACAGAAGCCGGAUGGUCCCCUGGACUGUGCUUCAGAACCCCCGGAACUCCUGCAAGAUGAAAGGCAAGAAGGAGGCCGAGUGCCACAACUUUGUCCGGAUCUUGGAGUUUGCCAACAGGACCCACCUCUUCGUCUGCGGGACUUUUGCCUUCGACCCGCAGUGCGGCUUCAUUAAAGCGAGCGAUUUCCGCAGUGUGGAGAGCCCGGAGAGCGGCAGAGGGAAGUGCCCGUUUGAGCCACUGCAGCCGUCCACGGCCGUCAUGGCGGACCCUGAGUUUGUGGCCUCGGCCUUCGUGCGGGAGAGCAGGGACGGCGAUGAUGACAAGGUCUACUUCUUCUUCACGGAGACGGCUCGGGAGUAUGACUUCUAUGAGAAGGUAAAGGUGGCCCGCGUGGCCAGAGUCUGCAAGGGGGACUUGGGAGGCCAGAAGACCUUGCAGAAGAAGUGGACCACCUUCCUGAAGACUCGCUUGGUCUGCUCGGACCCGGAGACCGGAACAGUCUUCAACCUCCUCCGAGACAUGGUCGCUCUGCCCUCCACCAAUGGGACGGGCACCGUCUUCUACGGCGUCUUCGCAGCCCAGAGGAGCGAGGGGACGGGCUCUGCCGUUUGUGCCUACAGCCUGGAGAGUGUCCGGAGAGCCAUGGACGGUCACUUCAAGGAGUUCAAGAGGGACUGCGACAAAAGGGGGCAGGACGAAGUCCCGCACCCGCGGCCAGGGGCAUGCGUCACCAGCAGCAUGAAGCAGGCGGGCUUUGGCUCCUCACUGGCCCUCCCAGACCGAGUCCUGACCUUCGUUCGUGACCACCCGCUCAUGGAUCAGCCGGCCUACCCCCUCGAGAACAGGCCCGUGUUCGUGAAGCCGGACGCACGGUACCGCCGGCUGGCCGUUCACCGGGCCAGAGCUCUCUCCGGGCAGGAGCAUGACGUCCUGUACCUGGGGACAGAGGAUGGACACUUGCACAAGGCUGUGAAGACGGACCAUGAGGCUUCCCUCGUUGAGGACCUGAUGCUGUUUGCGGAGCAUCGGCCGGUACGGAACCUGCUCAUCCUCACCCAGCGAGAGGCUGAGGCGGUCUUGCCCAAUGGGUGCCCUGGCUGCCGGCCUCAGGCACAUGGAGCCCGCGGAGGCCUGACCCUGCCUUCCCCACAGAACUGGCUGUACGUGGCUUCCGACGGUGAAGUGACCCAGAUCGGCACCUCUAACUGUGCCCAGUAUGGGACCUGCCCGGACUGCCUUUUGGCCAGAGACCCGGCGUGUGCCUGGAGCAAGGAGCUGGGGGCCUGCAGGGACCACCACGGGCACACAGGGCUGAUCCAGGACCUCACGGGGGCGAAGGUGCUGCUGCUCUGUCCUCCGGAGAAGGAAGAGGCGCCCCCCAGGGUGGAAGUCUGCCGCGGCCAGACAUCCGGCGGGAGCCCCGCCCCGCCCCCUCUUUUCCUGGCCCUCUCUCAUUGGUCGGCUCUGCGCCAAGCUCCGCUUCUCCCGGCCGAUCCUUCCUCCGUCAUUUCCGGCGCCGGGCUCCCUCGAACCGGAAGUCAGGGCGAGUGCCGACGUCCGAGGGACCUCCCGCGUCAUGUCGAGGGCGCCGCCUGGCGUCGGGAAGGCGGAGCGCUCAAACGGCACCCGUUGACGUCCCUUCGAACCAGCCCGUCGCCAGGAAAGCCGUUAGGAGCGUCCGGCCAAUGA